CCGCCGGUGCGUGCUCUGUAUGUCAGCCUUUUUAAGGUGGUGUGGCUUGCAGCCCCUGACUGGGCGGCACGUUCAGUUUGCAAAAGGCCUCGCUUCUAAUUGUGUCCCGGGUUUAGAGUGUUCACAAGUGCAAGUGAUGCUGCCCACUGAGGAAACGCCCUUUGUCGCCGUGGCCUCCUCGCCUCGCCCUUUUCCCUCGGCCUGCCUUGCUCGGCGGGUCCUAUUCCCGCGCUCCUGCGUCGCCGCCGCCCAGCAGCAGGUUUUGCGAGCUGCCUGGGAAAGCUGAGCCGAGGCGCGCAGACAAACAAGAGAUGAAGAUUCACAUUAGCGUAAUUGCCACGGCGGGUCCCCCCGAGGCGGGCUUCUCUUCUUGGAAACCCAGCCCGGGGGCUUCCGGGCUCAAUUUCAGCCCUGGAGACGGGCUUUGCGUUUCCCCGCAAGGAGGGGACCGCCACCCGUCGCCCCUCGCAAGCUGCAGCAACAGGGAACUAGUCCUCAUUGAGCACGAGCCUGCAAAUGACCCCAAGCUGUCAGCUGCCUCAGCAUCCGUUGCCACCUUUCUCUCUUCUGAGCCCCCCACAACUCUUUUUCCAGCAGUGGGAGGCACUGACCUCUGGGAAAGGUCAUAUUCUUCCUCAUCCCCUGGAAAAAUGAGGAUUCAAUGUGACAUUUGUGGAGGCCCUGAGGAAUCCAGGCUUUCAAGCACAUGAACUGCAAGCAGGUACCAGCACCUCUUAGGAACGGGGGACUGGAGAGUGCUCCCCUCCCUGCCCCCCUGGGGGAAAAUCCCACUCUUCCCAGGCUGGCUUGCAUCAGGGAGCAUCUGAGCAAGGCUCCAGCUGAAGGGUCAUGAGUGAAACCCAGGAUCUGCUUGGCUGUGACCGAAGGAAGCAUUGAAAUCGCAGGCCCCCGCUGUGCAGGGAGUGAUGCUUAUUCUGUUCCAUGUCAUGAUCACCCCACUGCUCUGUGUCAUCCGUGCUGCCCCCCUUCCCAACACCAGUGCUCUCCACAACAUGACUGAUGGCGUCUGGGCUGAAGCCUCCCUCCAUGACUGGGACCUCAUCUCUCCACGCGUCACCCUUUCCAGCCACGAGCCUGCAGAGCCUCCCUUGCUUUUCCUCAUGGAGGACUCCAGCGCCCAGCCCGGGCAGGCUGCUAACAGGACACUGAAAUCGAAGCGCUCUCUGGACGGGGCCAUACGGCGGGGAGAGAUGUCCGUGUGCGACAGCGUCAAUGUCUGGGUGACAGACAAGCGUACGGCUGUGGACAUCCGCGGCAAGACUGUGACGGUGCUCUCUGAGGUCCAGACACUUACAGGCCCACUUAAGCAGUAUUUCUUUGAGACCAAGUGUAAUCCGGCUGGAGGCACGGUGGGUGGCUGCCGAGGGGUCGACCGACGCCACUGGAUCUCUGAGUGCAAGGCGAAACAAUCCUACGUGCGGGCGCUCACUAUGGAUUCUGACAAGAUUGUGGCCUGGCGCUGGAUCCGGAUUGACACCUCAUGUGUCUGCACCCUGCUCACCCGCACUGGCCGGACGUAGGGAGUAAAGGGUUGUAGUCCAUGUUUUCAGGGUGGGCUGGCUGAGGCACGGCUGCCUCCCGUGCACCAGGGCAUGGGACAAGUUCAGUCAUGGACUGGCGUGAUCACAGCAUGGUUUCCCGUGAAACAAGGAGAGUGAGUGUGUGUGUGUGAGUGUGUGUGUGGUGUUCCCACUGACCAGAAAGAAAGGGUCAUGGGUCCUGCUGAUUGACAGACCCCCCCCCCCCCCGUGGGGCCCCACAGGUGCCUCAACCAAGCCGGCGUUCCACACCAACAAAAUACAUAACAGUGACUCUAGGGUGCGGUCACUUGCUGACUGGGAGAGGUGAUGAUGCUAUGCGUCAUUCAUAGGGUUGGGAAAGUGAACUUUAAGCAUUGCUGGGAGUUGGUCAGGCAGCGGCCUUUAUGGACUCAAGGGAAGCAACCUCCAGGCUGGGUGAGGAGUGGGGGUGGCCCCAAAGUCCUUAAUGGGUCACGAGUUGUCAGAGGGGCACGUGUGGUUACCACAUGUGACCAGGGUUCCAUUGCAGAGCCUCUUGCUUAAGAGCCUCCGGGGGCGGGGGGCGCUGGCUUUAACUGCCUUUUCUCACAAAACCUCCCUCUUCAGCUCUACAACACACAGCGGAGCCCCUCGGGAUCAUUUCCACCUCAGUGUAUCACCCAAGGAUUUGACAUGAUUAUCAAAAGCCAUCCUGGAGAUUUUAAUGGUUUGAUACUGGGGGAAAUGUGGGGUGGGGAGGGGGCAGAAUAUCCAGGAAUAGCUUCAGUCAGAGCUGGCAGCCCUAACCACAGAGUGCCCCCUUGAAAGCACACCACAUGCCCUUCUGACUGCAUGUUGGAGGGGAAGCUGACUCACUGAGGGAAGGUUGUGUCUGUUCAUCAAAUAACACUUGGUAUGCUUCCGAGAAAUCACAGUGUUCUUGGAAACAGAGUUUCAAAACCACUGCGCCAGGUGUACGUUUACACCUGGAAUCCCCCUUCGUUCCUUCCUGACACGAUGGCUUUUCUUUCUCUUCAUAUUUAUUUGCCUCCCUUCCCUCCAGCUACAGUCUGUGUCUGACCCUAUCCUGCCAUUUUAAUUAUUAACUUAUUUGUGUAUGUUACUUUCUGUGGGGAAUAAUUUCUAGAAAAUUGUGUGUGUGUGGAGGAGGUGGAUUAAAAA